AUGGCAGGUCUAGAAACUGAUGCCCAGUUUCAAUUCACUGGUAUCAAAAAAUAUUUCAACACUUAUACUGUUACAGGGAGCAUGAAUUGUGUACUGGGCACAUACGAAGGUAUUGCUUUGAUAGUCUUAUACUUUAAGCUAAGGUCUAAAAAAUCUCCAGCUGUGAAAGUAACAUAA